UGUGUAUACGAUUUUCGGAUAAUUUGUCCUGGAGUUGAACUUUGAUGCGAACCGCACCUGCAGUAAUUAGCUGGUGGGCAUGGUACAGGUGUAUGCGUGCCUGUAGGGAGGUUGCAGAGCGAAGAGGGGGUGGAUUUCCCGAGGAGCAGGAGCGCGAGAAUAUUGAUUGAAGCUCGGGGCCACGGCGCAAACUCCGGGGAAAUACUUCGAGGACUUCAUGAAUGACACCUUGCAUAUGGAAGGAGCGAUCCGUUGAGUUUUAAAUCGCUAUUAUCAGCUGUGCCGCGGGUUAAGGAAGCGACGAGGAUGCCCCCCAGGCCUUUCCCGUACGCGUUCCUCGUCUUGCUCGGUGUUAUCUCGGCGUUUGCUGCUCAGGAUCUUCAUCGAUAUCUGCGAGAUCUGACGCCAGAACCUUCUUCCGAAAACUUGGCUCUGGCGAACCUGCAGACGUGGUUAUUAAAGCCACGAAAUCACGAUGCCGCCGCUUACGGUUCACUGCACUACCCAGGCUCAAAAGAAUUGAUAGAAGAAACUCGUAAAUUCCUUAAAGCCUUGGUUGACAAGCCGAGAGUGCCGGUGCAUCGAAGGCUCAGCAAGAACCACCGUCUUAAUGAAGCCGGCACGGUUCAUCGACGAUACGCGGGAUGGUAUCAGCCCCGAGAGUCGCAACCGUUUGUGAUAAACUCAAGGUACCCUGGUUUCAACGAACCACUGGCUGAAGCGACGUCUCGCCAGAAUCUGGAGAGGUACCAAACGGCUGAACAUCGUCACCGUAGCCAGGGUGGUUCGAAUCACGAAAUAAAGAACCGACCGUCAUUUGAUACGUCCGAAGUAGAUAACGCUCCCUCCAACCAUCAGGACCCGGAAGUGGAUGAUUCACGAAGUCACGCUAAUAACCACGAAGAGAAAGGUGAAAAAUUCUCUUUCUCGUUUCCCGAGUCAAGCAUCUUCGAUAAGCAGCCAGCCUUUGCUCGGAGACCAAGCGAUCGUGGCUACUAUGAAGAUGGUCUCGAUACGACGCAGAUGGAGGACUUGCAAGACGGGAAAAGAACAGAGCGAAUCCAAGCGACCGAUGUGGACAUUCAACCCAGUACCAACCAGGAGUCGCUGAAAUUGACUGACAAUGACAACGGUAACGACGGCUACGAUAACGAGGAGGAUGCUCCAAAGGCCCCUCCAGAACUUCAGCGUCGCGCCGAAUCCCACGGUCCCUUGGUCACCUCAGUUGACCAUAAGAUCAGUAAUGACAUCUAUUUUGUCGCGGUUGUAGCUGGUUGCAGUGCCGCUGCUAUGUUCGUCCUCGUGCUGAUUAGUCUCACCUGGUGCAGACUUCAGCGUGGAGCGAAGGCUGCAGCAGAUGUCGAGUAUCCGGCAUACGGCGUGACGGGUCCCAACAAGGAUACAUCGCCGUCGGGUGACCGGAGACUCGCUCAAUCCGCACAAAUGUACCACUAUCAACACCAAAAGCAACAGAUCAUUGCCAUGGAGAGUCGAACUGCGGCGGUUCGAGAUCCCGGCUCUGUGUCGGAGGCGGAAAGCGACGAGGAGAACGAGGAAGGCGAUUACACCGUAUACGAGUGUCCCGGACUCGCUCCGACGGGGGAAAUGGAAGUGAAGAACCCGCUAUUUCACGACGACCCGACCCCUGCAACCCCGGCGGGACCGGGGCAAAUCAACCGAUCAUCAGAGGACCACAUGUAGUUUCAACUGGGACGCAAUAGACCCUAAAUUGCAGAAACCUUCCCCUGCAGGGUUUUCCGGUGCUUAGUUCACUCUGAAUGUAUCAUAUCCAAAGUCUUUAAUCCAUAGUAUACAUACAUUAUAGGUGUAUAUACACACUCACACACACGCAUAUUAUACAUACUAUACAUAAUUAAUAUGCCAUACUGCAAGAUCUUAUAUUACUAUUUGUACUGUGAGACGAAUCUUUUUCGUAUAUCAAUAACUAUAAAUGCGAAGUAUGUUCGCGUAAUCUUUCGAGACGCAUAAUGAGAGUCAGCUGCGCUGCAAGAAAAACGAAUAAGUAAUUAAUUAUCAAAUUGAAUGAGAAUUCUAUACAAUGCCUACAUGGAACUCGGUUUUCGCUCGGGGUUAUUUUUAUACCUAGUGUGGUUUUCACAAUAUACGGAUUAACAAACACUACGGGCAAUCCGCGAUAUCAAGUAAUCUCUGCGUUUUAUUCUUGAGCACCAAUCCGAAAUACGUGGCACUCAUCCAUCGCAUCGAUUUUUCCGACGAUUGAAGUAAAGUCGAAUGUUUACACGAUGUGAUAUGCGAGAGUUUUUGGUUUCAAUUUCAGACAGAGAACCGGAGUGAUUCAAUUACCGUCGUAUACCUAUUUGUACUUAUUAACAAUAUUAUAAUAUCGCUUCCUACGUCCAAGGUACAGAGAAUUAAAAAUAUCAGGCUUCAUCUGUCCCGAUAAAUUUAUAAGAGCAAAUCAAUUUCUGUCAACCAUGUUACUAAUUGGGCGUGUCACGGUCACAUGGAAUUGUAGGUAUUGAUAAUUUGAGACAUCUUGCAGAAUUUUUAAAUCGUGUUCUGCUUUAAACAGAGAUGUUUACUUGAAUACAGUAUUAUUUGGUGUUACAGUUAUAUAUUGUGAGAGAGAUAGAGAAAUAAUUUGUCCAUAUAAAAAUGCAGGUCAUUCGUUUCGAGUACAUACAUCACUUUUACAAGCUUCAUUCGUUUCGUCUAUUUUUUUAUGAGUAUAGAGAAUGACUAUUUAUCGAAUAUAUGAAUUGCGAAAGCAAGGUAGCUCGGAGAAGAGAAAUACGGGUUUCCGGAUGCUAGAUUCUUAUUCUUUUCAGUAUUUGUAAGUUUAUCUAUUAUCAGCCGUACGUUUUACGCAUUGACUAUCGUGGUGAGAAUUAAAUCAGAUGGUUGUUAAUUUUGUCUUUUUGUGGGGCCACCUUGCAUAUAGCAGAACUUUGAAUAUAUAAAUAUAUUUACAAUUGAAUAUUUAUAUCUAUGAACAGACAUACCUAUGUAUACAUCCGACUAUAUCUACAGUUAAAAAAGAGACUUUUAUUGAUGUUAUAAUGUAUAAUGAAUCAAAGAAUUGAACAAUCCAUUCUAAUAAAAUAUAGCGUGGCUCUUUUAAUAAUUUUUAGCGAUCAUGUAUAAUACCUAUGUAAUUACGCGGAUCUCUAUACGGAUCAAGAGUCGUAGGUCCAAGUUGUUUUGCAUUAUACGUACUCAGUUUGUAA